UACACACACUGUUUUUAUGCGACUUUCCUCGCGUCCUUUGUGUUGAUUGUGCCGUAUCAGUUUUGCUUUUGUCGCGAAUUCUGCUAUUUUCAUAACAGCCAAUAUGCCUCGUGGAAAGAAGAGAUCGCCAGGAGAAGAAGGGGACAGCAAGAGAAAGGUGGUGAAGAAAAGCAAGAAAAAUGGAGGGCCGAAAACUGUCGUCGAAACCAAGAACCAAGAACCACGAGAAACCAUUAAAUUGAAGGACUCUCCCUUUGUUGGUACCCUCUUGUUCAGUGGAGGAACUAACUGGGAUCUGAUCGGCAGACACAAACUUACCAAAGCAGCUGCAAGCAGACCUAUCAUUGGCGGUAGGAACCUCUGGGGACCGCAUCGGCUCUCUGCGCUGGAAGGGAUCCGGGUUAGGAACGUCUUCUCAGGACCAAGCUCUUGCCACAGUGUUAUCAUCACAGAGGAAGGCAAAGCAAUGACAUUUGGUCGUAAUGACAGAGAGCAGCUUGGGCAUGGAGACGACUACCGGAGAGACGUCCCCACGCUGGUAGAGGGACUAGAGGAUCAUCACAUUGUGACUGCUGCAUGUGGACGCAACCACACAAUGUGUUUAACAGAUGAUGGAACCGUGUUUGCGUUUGGUGAUAACAGAAUGGGCCAGUGCGGAAUCGGAGUUCAAAGCUCGUCCGUAGGAACACCGUGCAAGCCUAACUACUACGGUUCACCCAUUGUCAAGGUAGCGUGUGGAGCAGACUUCAGCAUGAUCCUGGAUUGUAAAGGUGUUAUUCAUUCAUUCGGCAGUCAGGAAUACAGCCAGUUAGGUCACAACACAAAUGGGCAGUACAGUGUGACCGCCAGCAAGCUUUCAUCAGAAUGCGUGUCAACUCCCAAGAAGGUCACAUGUUUCUUAGAAAAGGGACGGGAAGGAAAGAAAUACCUGGAAGGCACCGUCAUCAAAGAUAUCGCCUGCGGGAACAACCACUCGGUCGCCAUGGAUAUGCAGAAGAGGGUAUUCACAUGGGGCUUCGGAGGCUACGGUCGCCUCGGUCACCAGAAACCUGAUGACGAGCCUGUCCCAAGAAGCGUCAAGUUCUUUGAGAUGCCUUUGAAGGGUGCGAAAACGAUCAACGCAGGGUCGAGCUACUGCAUGGUAGUAACAGAGCAAGGUCAGGUGUUCUUCUGGGGUCAAGCCAAGACAACGGGUGAAGCCACCAUGUACCCCAAGCCUGUCCAAGACCUUAGCGGAUGGAACGUCAGAAGCAUUGGUUGCAGCAAUCACUCCAUCGUGGUCGCAGCCGACGAUGCCAUCAUCAGCUGGGGACCAUCGCCGACGUACGGCGAGCUGGCCUACGGAGAGGCCGACUCCAAGUCCUCGACAGUCGCCAAGAAAGCCCGCCCUCUUGACAACAUCUACGUCCACCACCUGACUUGCGGCGCUGGCCACUCCCUCUUCAUCGCCCGUGACGACACAGAGAAGGACAAGGAAGAGUUGGAGAAGCUACCGGUAUUCACGCCAGGGAAUUAAAACGGGGUUCAACGAAAAUUGUGUAAGAGGUGUGACAUAGAGAGGUUCUGUUGUUGUUGUUUAUUGUUGUUGUUGUUGGUUUAUCAAGUGAAUAAUAAUUGUUUACAAUCACAGGAAACCAGGGUUGAAUAUCGAAAAAAUUGCCUUAGAAUUUAUAUAGUACAACCCUCUGGGAUGUCGAUACAUUAUAUCCACUUUUAUGGAACUGUUUUCUAAUGGAUGUGGGUUGUCUAGACACAUAGUCUCUCCUUGCGUUUUACCUCCUCGAUUUAUCAUGGUCCACUUUGCUCUGUAGGUUAGGACUAGUACAGCUCCCAUAUAUGAGGGAUCAGUAAAAUGAUCCCCCUGCCAGUCUAUCUUCCUGUGAAUAUUUUAGAAGAUGCAUUAAAAUUAGACCGCAGUACACCGCUGCAUACAAAGUGUUAAGUCGCAGUUGAUGCCGAGAACCAUCAUUUGUUUAAUUUAUAUGCAUAUAUAGGGCCUGAGUUUAUGAAUAUAAAUAUCGAGUUCAUCGGAUGACAUUGCUGGGUCACCCACGAACACUCUCUUAUCUCAGAAAUGGUUGACAAAUUCUCUUGUAAUUAUAGUGGGUACACCCAGCAUCUAGUCAAAAUAAUCAUAAAUGACUUGGCAACCAAUAGCCAAAGCAUUAAUGAAACAAGCAUAAACUUGAACUUAUUUGAGAUUUAGUAGAAACCUGCUUUGGCAACCUCUUGUCACGUUUUAUCAGAGGUGUUUACAGAGUUCAUUCAAAGAUAAUCUAUGAAGUUUACUUGUUAUCAUUAUUCAGGUAUUAAGUAACAUUGAAUCAACUUAUUUGUCAAUGUAUGGGACUGUGGAUUGGUUGUUAGUAUUAAUCCAGAGUAUAUGGCCAAGAAGGUUAUGGAGAUUAUUAUGCAAAGAAGAUUGACUAAAACAAUAACAAAUGUUGAUUUCAUCAUAGGAAUUCACUUUGAAUCUCGGCAGAACCGGCAGUUGAAUUUCCAAAACCAUUUCUAUUUUCCAGACUACCUAUUUUGUCGUGUAUAAAUCGGAUGUGUAUAUAGGUGUACAGUUUUCCACUUUUAUAGGUACAUGUACAUGUAGAGUUGGUGAGGGGUAUUUAAACAAAUCGAUUUGAGGCAUUAAAAUUGGAAUGUUGCCAGUAAGGUAUGAUUUAAGUUUGGGUUGAAGGGGUUUGUUGAGGGUGAAUAAACAGAAUGGCUGUUCAAAGGAAUUGAAUU